CAGUUGUUAAUCUGUGUUGAGCUCUCAGUUGAACUGGAAUGUGUCUGGGUGUUUGGGCCAAACUCUCCUGACACGUUACAGCAGCAGCAGCAGAUCACUGAGUGAGGUUACCUAACUAAAAGAAGAGGAGGAGGAUCCGGAGUCCUCUGGAUCUUUAACCGUCCUGCUUCAUCCUGUUUGACACGACUGAACAGCUACGAUGAAUCAAAGCAAGGUCGAACUUGAGCCUUUUGAAUAUUCCUACUAUGAUUAUUCAGACUGGUACACGAACAACGCAGAGCCAACCAAUCCACCAAAAGAAGUUAUUUCACCAUGUGACCCCACAGUGGACGACAAGCUCUUCCACGUAUGCAUGCUGUCAAUAUCUCUGGUGGUCAUGUUAAUCCUGGCAGCUCUCACCAGGAAAAACAAACUCUGCCAAGGAUUUACAAGAGGAUCCUCCAGUAUCUUCAGUCCAGUCAACUUCCUGGACCAGACUCAGAAAAAAGGCCUGAUCAUGGCUGUUUUUGGGCAGGUAUUUAGCAAGCUGUCAAUGCUCGUGAUCGCCCCAGACCCUCUGCCUUUCUCUAAAGAUACUCCAGCGGACAUUAAAGAGUACAUGAAGAUAAUCGCCAUCUUCUACUAUCCUGUCCUGUAUUAUCCUCUGUUGGUCUGUUGCACUCUGCAGCACAAAGCAGGUUACGUGUUCGGGACGCUGCUCUCCUUCACUCACUUCGUGGUCCUGGUGUGGCAGAAGUUCGACUGUCCAGUGACUCCAGAGAUCUAUAAGUACUACGCUCUGCUUGCAAGUCUGCCUCAGCUGGCCUGCCUUGCAUAUCUCUGUGUCCAGUUUUCUUUGCUGUUUGUCAAAGGACCAAAGACUGACGAGGACCUUGACAGCAGCUACUACACCAAAUAUGUGAAAUUACUUCUCAAGAAAAAGUCCUCAAAUGCCAGCUCUUUAACGACAGACAAACCAACGCUGGCAGAGAGAAUACUGGAGGUGCCUAAGAGUUAUAUCUAUAUACCAGAAAAAGUGUUUUGUUUUCCACUAAAACUGGCAGUAUCAGCAUUUGUUGCCCUUGUGGCAAUAUAUCAUAUAGCAUUGUUGUUAGUCGUCCUGGUAGUCCCCACUCUUCAUAUUGUCCGUGCUGGUAUCGAUGAAAACAUGUACUUCCUGUUACUGGGCUUUGGGAUCGUCCUGUCAGACGACAGGAUGGAGGUCGUCAAAAUUCUGACCUUCUAUACCUGGCUGCUGGAAGUGUGUUUCCUCUGUGCAGUGACCCUGUCUUGUUUGGUCAGUCUUAUCAUGAUCAUGAGGUCCAUGAUACUUCACAGGUCAAACCUGAAAGGACUGUAUAAGGGAGACAUUUACAGCAUUUAUAACAGCCAGAAGACCAUCCAUCCUUCUAAACCUGGUAUUGUCUGUUGGAUGGGUUUGACAGGAUACCAGGCUGCGAUCGUCUGCCUCGGAAUGGUUAUUCAGACUGUCGUGUUUUUCAUCUGCUUCUUGUUCCUGGUGUUUUUGAUCAUUAUCCCUGUUUUUUACGGCCGCAAUAUCAUCGUUUUUGAAAUCGCUGGGAAGGCAUGGCCGGGCUGGGUCACACUGAUCCUUGUUACAGCGCUUCAACAUGUGACUGCUAAGUUUGCUUUUAUCAAAAAAGAAGCUGGUACGACUGACUUGAACAACAGAGAGAGUCUGUUCCUCCUGACGUACCUGCUGUUCCUGAUCAACACCCUGGUCGGACUGGUAGUCGCAAUAUGGAGAAUGGUGAUAACAGCUUUGUACAACAUCGUCCAUCUUGGUCGUAUUGACAUCAGUCUUCUGCACCGCACUGCAGAGUCCUACGACCCAGCCUACCGGUACUACGCCCAAUCCCUGAAGGUGGAGGUCAGCCAGUCACACCCGGUGAUGAAGGCUUUCUGUGGGCUGCUGCUGGACAUAAUGAUCGAAGGCGGCAGAGUUGGACAGAAAAUAAGAGACGCAGAGGAAGCCUGCUCCUCCAUGCUUUCAGGGAUUCAAGAGAAUAGGCCGAGCAAGGCGACCAGCCGUCGGAGGAUUCGCUGUCGCUGGCAGCUGCUGUACACGCUGGUCAACAACCCGUCCCUGCUGGGCUCCAGGAAGCACUACCAGACACUGCAGACCUCGGAGAGCUUCCUGAACGGGACCCCCAAAUGCAGCUCAAAGAAAGGCAGCAAGAAAGAGACUGGCAAGCCUGCUGCCGAGCCAGUCCAGUCCACUGAGACCCCGUCAAACCAAGAUAAAACUGAUUGAGAUCCCUAGUCUAUAUUGUGUGGUUGGCAGUAUACUCCAAACAAAAUCCUAUUUAGCAAAUAUGUCGCUAAAUCUAGUUAUACAUGAAAAUUCUCGCUUUCUACAGUAUCUGCACAGAGCAACUACAAUAUGGUUAAGAUUAGAGAAAGAUCGUUGUAACGGCACAUAAACCAUAGUUAACGUAUGGUUAGAGUUAGGCAACUUAAACAUUUGGUUAAGAUUAGGGAAAGCUUGUGAUAUUGGGCUUGGUGAUCAAUGCCAAAUGCAGAGCUGUGUUAUUUGGUUACAAACCUGCCAUUUUGUUUUUGUGUAUGAAUGCGCCCAGUGUGAUCUUGUUUGGAGUAUACUGUGUACUCUCAUUGACAUAAUGCUAGAUUUUUACACAGUCCAGAUGAGGACACAAGAAUAAACUAAAAAGUCAGUCAAGGUUUAUCCAAAGAGUCUUUAAUGAAGGUUAAAUUAGGCCUCGGGUUAAUGCAGUUACUGUACAGUUUGUCGACGCAUGCUGGUUCUCAAUGUGUUCUCAGUGCACCAUGCAAUUUAAUGACGUUCGAGGGGGUUUGUAAAUGUAUCAACCAAGAAAGAACUAUGCAAUUUCUCAUUUAAAGCAAAGACAUGAAAAUCUCUGGAGUCACAAUAAUUUCAUACGAUAUUGUUACUUUUAAGUUACAUGCCACUAAUUACUGUACAUAUACUAUCUUAAUAUUAUUUGUUAGAGGUUUGUGUGUGCAACAGUUUCUACUUCUAUUUAAGCUUCGCUAUUAUUGUGGGAUGAAUCAUAUGAAGAGAUAUUGAGGUUAAUCACAUUGCAUAUUUUCACAUAGACAGAUCAUACUUUUCUGUUACAUGAUGUAUUUUAACGCAUAUAUAUAUACACAUGAAUAAACUGUUUUCCUAACGUUUGACAGAUACACGCUUGGGCUCAAAUAGAAAUUUGUGUAUAUCCCAUUUUAAAAUUAUAAUAAAAUGUGUAAAGGCA